CCUUACCCCACGCGAGACUCCCAUCAACGUCCCCCAAGCCUCUUCAACAUCCUGUGGGACAUCGACAUGAGCAAUGAAGCCCUUUCCUUUGGGCCCAUACCCCUCGUUAUCGUCCCUCAGCCUAGGUAUUUCGCCUACAAGCAGCUCCACAAACCGAUUCAUUUUCCAGAGCUCUUUUGCUUCGAUGUUCUCAACGUCAAACCCUGAUCCCGAAUCCAAAUCACGAACUUUCGGUAUGAAAGUUGGACAACUAAGGAACUCGGGUCUGUUCUCAAGAUUGGAGUAUGUCUUUUGGAAUGAGGCUAUGGUCCGCAGCGACAUGGUGGGAUCUUGAAUAAUCACAUAUCUUCCAGACGAUGGAACCCCCGAGUUCUCCAGCAACUUGCGAGCUUCGAUAGCGUUGGAACCACAAUUCGUCGAUUUAUCCUCAAUCAAGAUCUCGCAUCCUGCACUUUUUAUCAUAUCCACAUCAAAGAAACGAUUCAUGAUCACCUCCAACACUCUGGCUUCCGGUAACCCGAUGACAUCGUCUUUGAUCUUAUGAUAGGUUUCGUGUUGAGCGACAGCUUCGUAGAUAAGUGGUGUUGAAUGGCCGACUCCACCACAUAAGACGAGGUAUUUGGUAAGUCGUGGGGUGUUUUGAAGAGUGGAGAAGAGGUAGCUUGCGCUGUAGAGAACUGAUGAUGCGCAUAUGACUAUGCAGUCAACUGGUUCUUGGGAAGACAGAGAGAGGAUUUGGGGAUGGGCUAGGAACCUAGCGAGUUUGUUUAUGUCGGCUGUAGACAUGGUUGUGUGUGGUUGGGUAGUCAUGGCUUCAAGUGGCAGAGAAACCAGGGGGUUUAAGCUUGUAGUUGUACAGUACUUGAGGAACCCCCACGCUCCACAAAGACGGUAUUUUUUCUUUUCCUGUUCCUUUUUGUUUUGUUUCUGGCGAAACUGAACACAGGGACUUGAACGCAGAUAUUUCAAUGUAAGUCAAGGGAACCCGAUUUAUCAAAAUAUAGGUACACGUGAUAUCAGGUGAGCACAUGCCCCCACCUUUUGUCAAAUCUCUUAGUAUCAAGUACGGCUUAUAAUCACUAACCUAUUACAUUCUGAGCCUCAUAUAAACGGCGCAAAAAUACGGAGUGUUUUCGGUGGAAUACCCGGGUACUUUACUAAAUAAUCAAAGAUCUUACUCAGACCCAGAUCGGUUCCCAUAGGCUGAUGCUCUGUUAGUAAUCCGGACGACCGGGCUACAAUACGUUCGCUCGUAUUAGCUUCCAAAACAAGUGCUUUACCUUCUCGAGUAUCAACGAGAGACGUAGGGUGUCAAUUUUCUAGAGAAGAAAGGCCGUCACAGACUUUUGAAUGGUGGUUAAGAUUAUUGAGACUCGACACAGAGGCCUAAGGUGGUUGGGAACUAGACGGAAAAGACCUGGGUUCUGUGGAAAGUAAUGUUGUAAGUGCUACAUGUAUAAAAGAGCCUCAGCUUGAGGCUAAACCUCUCUAAAAGCUACUCUUACUCACAUUUUGGAUGUAUUUCAAGUUCUAACGUACUAAGGUACCUUGAAAGAUGCUUGAAAAGGACCAGCAAGGGCACCUCUAGAGGGACUUUGGUGCGGCCAAGUAUAAAAAUGUCGAGAUUAAAGUCUCAUGUCUCUUUGGGCCUCUACGUCGAGCUUUUACGGUAACGUGCUAUAUAAGAUGUGGGUCUGUCUAUAGGCGAGGAAGAAAACUAAAUACCACUCAGCCAGCCUUACAGGUGCAACGCUUCUAGAAUAAUUUCUUGCCACUGCUCGUGUCCUAUUCGGGCUUUGGACUCCCAUGCUGUACAUCCACGUGGUAUGUGUUACAUUGCAUAUAUGUUGCACAAAGAAAUCAGGCAAUGCCAUCCGGGGUCAGUUAAGCUGGAGGCAAUAUUAAAAACCAGUCACCACUCAAGAAAUAGAAACGCCAUAUAUGGAAAACGAAUGAACUUGCUCCUCACGUGUGUGAUUGUCCUCUGUUGGGUUUCGUGGCUUGGUGUUGGUGAUCCGGAGAGCCUAUUAUCAAAUACUGUCGCCGGAAACCUCUGCGGCCCUUUUUCAUUCCCCGGAUGAACGGUUUGCGGCACAGCCGUUGAGAAUCCAAGGUCCAGAUGCUGAAGGCUUCGAGUCGCCCAAGUUCUCUGCUGACAGGUCCUCUGUCUUGCUACCUUUUGUUGGAGUAAUCUUGAUCCAGUCCUCCCAAGAUCCCAUGACUUGAAUGUGGGUUGGUUGGUCGUUGUUGGGAAUCUUUGAUGGCAUUCUUCACUACAUACGGUCCAUUCGGGCAUUCAUCCGCCUUGGCUUAUUCUCCUUUGAGGAACCCGAAUGAAUGGGUAGAUACAACUGCGGCUCAGACCCUUGUUUGGAGACCCCGCAUCUCCAGGUUUUCACUCGCCUCGCUAGCCUGGUCAAAUAUGUUCACGCUUUAGGCUAAAGACGAAAAAGACGCUGCGGUGUGACCAGCGAGGAUGCACACUAGAUAUAAACGUAUACAUAUACACCCUUUCCACCCUCUCGAGCUUUUCGUCUUACCGCCCAAACUUGCAACCCGACGCAAGUUGUUCAAAAUUGGGUGAUGAACAUUUCCGUUUCUCUCUUUAAAGCAACCAUUACACUUUCGGGUUAGUCAGAAUGGUUGGUGCAGGAUUAACAGAUCCGAUCCUCACUCGGUUGGCCGCGGAGGAUCAUGUCAAAUGGUACAAGAAACCAAAUUUGAGGUUGAUGUACUUCUACCUCUUUCUUUGCUGUAUGGGAGUCGAGAUGACAUCUGGUUUCGAUUCAACACUAAUCGGGACUUUGCAAUUCUCUCCUCCGUGGAACAAAUGUGGGUUAUUCCCAAGGCUUCUUUACCCUGAUACAAUAUACUGAUAGAACUUCCCAGAUUUUUCCGAUGGCACUUUAGAUGCGAAAAAAAAGCCAACCCUAUCUCCUGCGCUUCUCGGAUUCGUCUCGUCGUGCUAUCAACUUGGUUCUAUAAUUGGCGUUCCAAUCGCUCCUUGGGUUAAUCAACGCUUUGGGAGAAGAUGGUCUGUUAUGUCAGGCUCCAUAAUCAUGGUCAUUGGGGCACUGAUACAAGGGUUCGCUCAAAAUCGUAUGUCUUGAAACAAAACUUCUUAUCUCCAAACAAAGACUGAUACUACUAAUGUAGUUGGGAUGUAUGUUUUCUCACGUAUGGUUCUUGGGUUUGGGAUUGUGUUCUGUAUUAUAUCGGGUUCCUCCUUAAUCGGAGAAUUGGGUCAUCCCAAAGAUCGUCCAACCUUGACUUCCCUUUUCAAUGCCUCCUAUUUUAUCGGUCAAAUUACUGCAUCAGCAAUCAGUUUAGCUACCACCGAAAUUUUGAAUGAUUGGAGUUGGCGAGUUCCAUCCCUAUUGCAAAUGGUACCCUCGCUUUUGCAGAUCGCAUUCAUCUUGUAAGUGUUCGUUGCACCAAUACUUCCAUUCCUGGCUAACCUUCAUACACAGCAUGAUUCCGGAAAGCCCUAGAUAUCUUAUCAGUAGAGAUAGAGAUGAUGAAGCCUUUGCCAUUCUUGCCAAGUAUCACGCAGAAGGUGAUGCUGACUCAUUGCUUGUGAAAGCUGAGAUGGCACAAAUCAAAUCGACCAUCAAGAUUGAACUCGAUAACUCUCAACAAUCAUGGCUUGAAAUGGUCAAAACCUCUGGAAUGCGUCGUCGUGUCCUUAUAGCCGCCUUUCUCGGUCUUUUCACUCAAAUGUCUGGAAACACCUUGCUUUCGUAUUAUCAAAAUAUCCUUUAUGAGAUGAUGGGUUACACUUCCACAUUUGCCAAGACUAGAAUCAAUCUGGCCAACGCUUGCUGGAGUCUGCUCGUUGCAUGUGUAGCAGCUUUCCUCGUUGCUAGAUUCAAGCGUCGAACCAUGUUUAUGAUCUCGGCUGGCUCAAUGCUGUCAACGUUCAUAGGCAUGACUGUCUCAUUCCAACGUUUGAGUCUAGCUAAGGCUCUGAAGAGGACAAACAAAUCUGCCGGUAUUGCAGCAUUAUUCUUCUACUUUGCGUACACCCCGUGCUACAAUUUAGGCAAUAACGCGUUGACAUAUAGUAAGUUAUGAAGAUCAGGAUCUCAAGUGUUAAGCUAAUUACUCCAGCCUACCUCGUUGAGCUCUUUCCAUACGCCCAAAGGACUCGUGGUAUCGGAAUCGAGCAGAUAUUUGGAAAGGCAGGAGGCUUCUUCUCCCAAAAUGUCAAUCCCAUCGCUAUGAAUGCUAUCGGAUGGAAGUUCUUCGCUAUCUAUUGUGGUUGGAUUGCCUUUGAAUUUUCCUUCAUCUACUUCCUUUACCCUGAGACCUCGGGAAGAACCCUGGAAGAGUUGGCAUUCUGUAAGUUUCUUCGGAAUCAAUUUGACAAUCAGACAACCACUAACAUACGAUGCAGUGUUCGAAGACAAGGACCUCGCUGACCGGGCAGUCAUUGCCGUCGAGAAACAAAUUCAUAACGAUGACAUGGUUGGUGAAGAAAAGCAGACCGUGGUACAUUCUGAGAGGGGUAUUUGAAUUGGUGUUGGCUAGGUUAAUAUUUGCUUUGGGAUGUUAAUUUACACGUAUUCGCGGGUUGUUACAUUGAUACUCCGAUUAAUCAACAAGCAUCCCGUUCCUGC